AUGGCCCUGCUAUUGUACGAGGGGGGCAUCCGCGUGAUGAUCUGCACGAGCAAUUUCAUCGAGGUGGACUGGCACAACAAGACGCAGGGGAUCUGGGUGCAAGACUUUCCGAAAUUGCGCGAGGAAGACAAAGCGGACGAUUCCUUGUUCGGUCGGGACCUGAGGGAGUACCUGCAGGCUUUGAAUGGUUUCGAGAACGAGUGCGGGUCGCGAGGCCCACACUCCCCCGGCAAGGGGCACCCCCUCCUCACCGAAAUGAUCGAACAGGAACUCCCACGCAUCGACUUCUCCUCCGCACAAGCCGUCCUGCUCGCCUCCGUGCCCGGGAAGCACACGGGACAUGACAAAUUCAAAUUUGGACAUUUGAAACUGCGCCGGCUCUUGGAGAAGGAGCCGAUGCCUCCCGGCCUCUUCCCUUCCACCCCGCCCUGCCCCUCGCCGGCCCGCGCUUCCUCCCUCCUGGCCACGGGCCUCGUCUCC